AUGUCUAUGCGUAAGCUCUAUCAGGCUGUCAAUGUACCACAAGCCUUAUGGGGUAUUUCUGCCUGGUACUGCCCUGCCGCGCGCCAGAUGCCAGCCUGGGAAAUGGCUCGACUGAGCAUCUCCACUGCCGCGCUCGACAUCGAACUCUUCCUACUACCCAUGAAGUUACGCCUACAACAAAGCAUUGAAGAAUGCGCCAUUCGCAUUCUCACUGGACCUCAGUGGGCCUCUCCCCGUUCGGCAAAAAUAGGCAGGAAGCCGGCUGAACGCCGAGAAGGUGGAUGGACACCUCUGGAAGCACUGGUUUGGAAGAAGGGACCGCUUAAAUCGAGCAUAAAGAACAAGGACUGUGCGGAGAAAUGGGAGGAAAAGGUUGCAUUUGUACUGCCACCCUGGGAGAGACGAAUCUCAUGCUUUAUGGAACCCUCGGAGGCUGCAUUAGCAACCCAUGACUCUAUUAUCCAACGAAAGAGGACACAGGAAGGAAGUGAGACCUUCUCAAUAACAUACACUGACGGCAGUGGCCUCGAAGGCCACAUUGGUGCAGCUGCCGUCAACAUCCAUGACGGGGAUACCGUCAUCUCCGACCGCAGACAUCUCGGUACAGAGAGCCAGUCCACGGUGUACGCUGCCGAGUUCAGCGGCAUCGAGAUGGCAUUGGCUAGGACCAUCAGCGACAACAAGGCCAAUACAAAUAUCAUUGGAUCAAAGCGAAAAGUAGAGUGGCCAAAUCAAUGA